AUGGAUUUACAUGUAAAAAAGAAUAAUUAUGAUCAAGUUUUAAAUAUAAAUAAAAAUCAAGGAAAUUCGAAUUAUGACCUGAUCGAAAUAAAAAAUAAUACCAACAAUAAUAAUAAUAGUAACAAUAAUAAUAAUAAUAACAAAUUAAUAGAACAUAACCAUUUUAAUAAUAUAGACGAACAAACAAAAGAAAAACAAAAUGUAUUUUAUGAUAAUGAUGUGAGGGAAGUAAACACAAAUGUAACCUCAAAUGUAAAAGAAAAUAAACCAUCUAAGAAUAAUACGGAUACUAAUGUAUAUUUAUCUAUUAAUAGAUGUGUGAAUAAUGAGUGUUCAAAAAAAGAAGAUUAUUACAAAGAUGUUUAUAAUAAUAUAUCACAUAUAUUAGACCAUGGUUUAGCUAACAAAUCAUGUGUACCAAAAGGUUGCUUAGAAUUAGACAAUAAAAAAGAUGUUUUUAAUAAAAUGAUAAACAUUAAUAGUAAUAUUUGUAAUACGAAUAAUAAAGAUAUCUAUAAUAAAAUAACUAAUGAACAUAAUUAUAAAGAUUUAAAUAGUUUAAAUCAUAUUAACGAUGAAGAGAAAAAAUCAAAUAUACCAAAUGAAAAUAUCUUAAGGGAAAAAUCUGCACAUUGUGAAGAUGAAAAAAAAAGUGAAGCAUGGAAUUAUAAAGAAUCCAUAAAUUAUAAUAAAAAUCAAUUUGAAAAAAAGAAGAAAAAAAGUUUUGAAGAAAAAAAAGAAAGACAAAAAGAAUUAUUUGUUGCAUAUUGGUUAAAUGGAAUUGUUGAUUUAUUAAAACGUGGAUUUAAAAAUGGUAAUAUAUGUGGAAGUAAUUCUGUAGGGAAAAAAAUUGCUGAAGUCUUAAAGAAAAUUGUAGAAAUAUAUCAAUGGAAAAAUGUAUUUGAUUUAAUUGAAAUCAUCAAAUAUUUAGGAAAACAAAUUAUUAAAAAUAAUAAAAUGUUUUUUGUAAUACCAAAUAUAAUAAGACGAGUAUUAACCAUAAUAAGGGUUGAGCAUUUUAAACAGUUAUAUUUAUAUAAUAAUAAUUAUAUGGAUAAUAUCAAUAUGUUUGAUGAUAAAGUAUGUGAAGAAAAUCGAGGGACACAAAGCCCCAAUAAUUAUUGUCAUAAUAAUAAUAAAAACAAUUGUAUCGAUAAUAAUAUUUUUUAUGAUAAGAAUAAGGUAAAGAAAAAAAAUACGAUGCCCAUACCAAAAGAAGGAUCAAAAAAUAUAGCUAAGUUUGAUAUAAACAGUAAUACAUUAUAUCAACGUGAAAUAAAAAACUUUCAGAAAUCAUUUUCAUUUUAUUUUGAAAAGCCAUGUAAUGAAAAUACUUAUAAAAUACCAGCUACAAAUACAUUAAAACAUUCUAUAAUAGAAGGCAUUGAAGAACUGAUAGCGGAAAUAGAUACAUCUUGGGAAGAAGCUGAACAAAGAACAUCAUAUGAUUUGUUUACAGAAAAUGAUGUUAUAUUAACACUUGGGUAUUCAGCAGGUGUGGAGAAAUUUUUAAAAACUAUAAAUAAAAAGAAAGAUGGAAUAUCUGUUAUAGUAGUAGGUGGAGAUAUUAAUAGAAAUGGAUUCAGGAUGUCUCAAUUAUUAAGUGAUGAUGGUGUUGAUACAACAUAUAUAUCUGAUGCAGCUGUUUUUGCCGUUAUACCUAAAGUCACAAAAGUUGUUCUAGGUUCUGUUGCUGUGUCUUCAUCAGGUGGAACAAUUACAAAAAUGGGUGGUUAUAAUAUUGCAUGCUCAGCACAUUUGUACUCCAAACCUGUAAUUAUUGUAUUACCAUUAUUCAAAUUAAUAUAUGUUCCUUUAUAUGAUCCAUUAAAACAAAACGAAUUACAACCAGGUCCAUCGCUUAUAUAUAAUGAUGAGGAUGUAGAAAAUCUUCAUGUGAGGAUACCAAAAUAUGAUUACAUACCAGAACAUCUAAUAACAUUAUAUAUAACAGAAAUGGGACCAGUAGAUUCUUUUCAAUUAUACAACAUAACAAAAAAGAGAUAUCAUCCGGAUGAUAUGGACUUGAGUUUUGACUAA